GCGCGUAGCCACUCCCCUCAUCCCAUUCAGUCCCAUUGCUGUAAUGUUCCUCUGUGUUUACUACUGUAUUUAGUGAAUCGAACUGCGCACGUAUAUGCUGAGAUCUCUUCCAAAGCAGCUGCUUUCCUAGUGUUUAAAGAAAAAUCCGUUCAGGAACCCAACAUGCCUAAAAGAAAGAGAGCUGAUGGAGAAGCAAAGGAUGAGCCUCAGAGGAGAUCUGCACGGUUAUCAGCAAGACCAGCUCCUGCGAAGGCUGAACCCAAAUCAAAAAAGACGGCUAAGAAAGACAAAGCUGUUAAAAAGGAGGAUAAAAAGACCAAGGUGAAGGCCAAGGAGACCUCAGAGUCUGCAGCCAAUGAGGAAAACCAUUCAGAGAAUGGAGACGCCAAGACCAAUGCGGUUGCAAAGACUAACAAAGAAGCGAAGGAAGCAAAGUCCGAGUAGCACUAUUGCCCUCUCAUCAACUCUUGUCAUUGCAACUCCUCAUCACUCCUAGUAUCGUGUCAUUGUCCAACCUCCAAGGCAUAUUGUUAACAGAGAAAUAUUUUUAUCAAUGGUUUUAUAAGUAUCCGUACAGAUUUUUAGCACAAACCGAAGCUAAAUACUGAGCACCUUGUAGAUUUGCGGUGAUUGCUUCUGCGAGAAUGCCACUCUAAAAGUAUUUUUAAAUGCCACUCGUUGUUGAUAACUUAUUUGGUCUAGAAGAAAAACGAAUCAUACCUCCCUCUAGAGCUUUGAGUGUGUUCUUGAACUGUUUCCACAUGCAUUCUUCUUCCUCACUCGUUUUAAGGUUUUUCAAGCGAUUAUAUACAUGGUUGGGAGAAAUUGACCUCUUUGACCUCAUGUAUAUUUUCCUUGCUAUUUAGUAAUUUGUCCUAGAGUUAGUGUAGUGUUCAUGAUAGAAAUGAUAUAGAAACCAACAUCAUAACCUUCAAGCAGAUAUUUGACAGAGCUGAUGUAUUUCACUCUACCCUGCAAAAAAAGAAAGAAAAUGAUGGCAGCUUACUAAAGAUCAUGAUGUUUUCAUGCAAAUUGUAAUUUUUUUACCACGUGAGUCUGACAUUUUUUGAAGUCUGCAGGUUGUUAUGUACAUUAUCUGAUGUUGCAAUGUCUGCUAAUAAAGAAAACGGUGGAAUUUUCCUCA